GGACCCCUGCUGUUGUUUCAAUCUUAUCUACACAAACAACAGGUCAGCGCUAAUAUAAGACAGCCACGAUUAAGGCUGUACCGUUAUCUCUCGUUAAUUACGAGAGUUGAUAGUUAUAAACAUUGAAAAUGGCGCCGAACAAGUAAAUAUGACUCCUCGUAAAAUUGGAAAGAAUAUAUGUACUGUAUGCAAGAUUGUUGAUUUACCAAAUGGAUCGACUUGGAGACACCUAAAUUCUGAUGCUGGUCUUAAGAAAAAUUUGUCAACAUUGCUUCUGAAAUACGGCGAAAUAGAUGUUUUAGAAGGUGUCGUUUGUAGAAACUGUGAAAGAAAACUACUGAGUAUAGACAAACAAGUUUCAGAAUUUCGUUCAAAAUGUAAUGAAAAGUUAGAUUUAGUAGGUGGUAAACGUUGCAUGUCAGAACAUUUAUCUAAGGCAACAAAAAGACGGAGUGAGUCGAUAGAAGUAAGAGCUAAAACUGAACUUUUCCCAAAUACUCCAGAUAGUGGAACAUGCAGCAUCAUUACAGAGGAUAAAGAAAAUGACAGUUCUGUGCUGAAUGUGAUACCAACAACUCCGAGGCUGAGUUUUUCUAAUUCUUCAGAUUCUGGAUACAUUACAUUAUUAACACCUAUUCUUCCAAAACCAAGUUUCCAGAGUUAUAGUACAACCCCUGGCACCAUAGCAGACAUCAACAAAAGUACAGUGCAAAGUAAAUGUAUAACGUCAACUCCAAAACCAGAAAACAGAGGUUCAGAAUUAAAAUUAAGCAAAAAACAUGAGUUGCCACUUCAAGAGCACAACUAUGCAAGCAGUGCUUCAGAGAAAUUCAACAGAAAGAAAGCAUGUUCAAGAAAGAAAAAAAAACCUUCUGAAUCAUCAUUGAAAACAUCAGAAAAUAAUGAUUUACACAAGAAAUUAUUUGAACAACCAGAAAUUUGUGACAUUUUGUCUUCUGAGGAAUUCUCAACUGUUAUUUCUGUUUUGCCAACAAGAUCACGGAAAACUUUGGUUAACACCAUAUUACAAUUUGCUGAAAUUAAAACUCUUGUGAAAGAAGAACUGUUUUCGGAGUUAUCAAAAGAACACAAAAUUUUGAAAAACAGAAAGCAUGGAAAAAUAAGCACAUUAAUGACAAAGGAUUUUGAAGACUUAAAACAGUUUACUUGGGACAGUAUUGUAAAUGAGGCAGUGACAGAAUUCCCUCUUCUUGUUGAUGUUUUGCUGGCAUUUUUAGUCCCUGACAGUUUGGAACAAAAGACUAAAGUAGAACGAGUUGCAUCUCUAACUCCAAGAAUUGGAUUUUUGUAUUCCGUUCUUGCACAGGGCAGAAAUCAUGAACUGAGUAAGGUGCAGAGAGUUAUAAGCAUCAACCUGUUUGACAACCUGUGUGAUCAAAAGGGACUGAAUGCAUGUAUGAAAAUUGAAGUUUUAUUCAUUCAAGCAUGAAUCAAAGAAAUGAAACAGCAGUGAAGAAGUAUUUGACAGAUUGCAACCUAUAGGUGUCUGUUUGAGCUAUGGUCAUGGUUUGACCAUAUUGGACAAAUUUUCUGGAAAUUUCAACUCCACUGUCAUUGAUGCUCUGAAAGAUGAGAAAAGGAUUCGCUUGGUAGGAGACAACAUUAAUUGGAAGACAAAUGUUCACGACGAGAGACAAGACAACCAUGGUAAAAUGCAUCAUGCUUUUGGAUCCGCUGUGAUUGUUCAGACCCUAUCUUUUGACAAUAUAAGCAGAAUUAAACCUCAAAAACUUUUCUAUGAAGUAGACCAUCAGCUUUUCCUUCCUUCGUCGGAAGAAUGGAAGCAUAUCAAGGAGGAAUAUGCCAUACAUAUGCUUCAUGUUGCCUUCAAACAUAUUCCUUACUUUAAGAUUUUUGAAAAAUUAAUUACAAAACAGAUUGUUGGUCAAUAUAGUGAGCAAUUGAAGAAGAAAAACAAGGUUGUUCCUUUACCCGUGCUCCAUUUGAAUGAACAGAAAUAUGAUGAUGUUGUUCAGAUUAUGGACUAUUAUGAAAAUUUCCUAAGUGACACUUAUGAAAAAGCUGGAUUGGACUUUAACAACAAUACGCACGUUCAUUGUGGGGGUGACCAGUUGACGCGUGAACGGUAUUCUGGAGCAAAGAGAUUAAGAUCAGGAGCUGCCACACCAUCCAAUAGAUUCGAACAUUUAUCACCAAUAACUUUCGAAUUGUUUCACAUGCAAAUGAACUAUGUAAAAUUGAUGUUCAAACGUUUGCAUAGUGAAGAAGGACUGCAGGAACAAGGCACCCUAAAAUGUGAAGCAAAUAGGGUUCUAAGAACGAGUUUGAACCCAAAUGUUAAUGAGCAUUUUGAUGCAGAUAAGGACUUUAUUGUGUCAUUCACAGAUGCAUAUAUUGUUGAGGCCAUUACCCAUUUUUUUGAUAUGGAAAGUGUGUUUUCUGCACCAAGAAAAAAUGUAUUACCAGACAAUGUUUGUACAGAGGACCAAAAGAAGGAAUGGGUGAUGGAUAUGUUCCAAAAAAUUGUUGAAAUCUAUGUGUGGGAUAAAGAGAACAAACAAAACCAAGAGGAUAAUGUUGAAGUUGAUGGUGUUGUCAUUCCAAUUCAACUAAGUAAUGGAAAGAGACGGUCCUAUGUAAUUAAAAAGGCGCAGAAAUCACAAACACCGCAAGAAGACAAAGUGAAAAAUUAUGGACAUUUAUGUCUUGAACUUGGGUUACAGUUCAAGGCAAUACUGGAUCUUUGCAAACUGCCAGAUAGGGAUCGUGGUCUACGACUAUUGAAAGUUUGCAUGAUACAUUUCAAGGCAAACAACAACUUGUCCAAGUAUGCCUAUGAAAUUUUAAGAUUAUUGGUUCAUCAGUUGUGCAUAUUGUCAGAGCAGGAGGCACAUGAAGAGUUUUAUGGACUAUUCGUGAACACUAAAGGGAAAAUAGACAGCCAUAUACCAUGUGAUUUACAAAUGGAAUACAUUGUGAAGUCCGUAAAACGUAACAUUAAACACAUGUUUUCAAAUAAGACCGAUAAAAACAUAACGACAAGAACAAGUGCUCUUCCAGCAAUAAAGGAUAUAGCUGAAAAUUUUGACAAAACUUCAGGAGUAAUCAUCCGUUGUAAAAAACAUUCCAGCAUUGAUGCCAUCAAGGAUGAAUUGGACAUAAUAUUCGACCUGCAAAAUGUAAAUCCUUUCACUUUUACAGCAGGCAGAUCUCAUGACUCAUUUAAAACAAUAUCUAGUAGAAUGGACAAGCUCUUGGAUGUGCAUCAUUUUCAUUCUUGGAUAGAAAGCAAUGUAUACAAACAUGCUACUGAACUCGGAAAUUAAUUCUCUACUCAUCAUGCUAACUUUAACAUUUUUAUACGACUGCAAAAUCGUAUAUUGGUAUGACGUUGGCGUCGUCGUCCGAAGACACAUUGGUUUUCGCACUCUAAAUUUAGUUUAAGUGUA